AUGGUUCUUUUUGUUGUUGAUGCUGAGGUUGUGCCACCACCUGUUUGGAUUGCGCUGCUUCCAUCUGCGCAGCAUCACAUCACGGCGGAGCGGCGCGUAUGCAUCCGCAAGGCAGUGAGAAUCAUUGGCUUGCCGCUGCCCUUCUUGACUGCCGCUGGUGAAAUCGAGCUACGCUCGCGGUGGCAGACUCCGGAACCAAACAGCCAGUGGAAGGCAUAUCUGCCCACGCUGAGAUUGCAACAUCUAGAGGUCAGGCUUGAGGAGGAUGGAUGCGUCGAAAUCCAAAACUGUAUCCUCUGCGGCCCUGGGGUCAGGGCCGCAAGCCCCACAGGCAUCAGUGAUGCUGUCCUGCGCGUUUCGAAGGGAACUUGCCUUGUGGCAGAUUGCCAAAUUCGCAUCAAGAAGGGCCACGCAGGAUUUGGAGUGGUCACUGGGCCUGAUGUCACGUCCUUCAUGUCUGGCGUUGCGAGACCUCACUGCAUGCUGAAGCGGGCAGAGAUCACACAUGCGACCACCGCAUGCCUGUGUUUCAUGGGCGGCCAGCUCACACUGGAGGAGGGCUGCUCACUUCGGGAUUGCGAGGUUGGAGUCAGUGUUUGUGACCAGGGCUCCAUCGCAUUCAUUGCGGGGACUUUGCGGAUGGCAUGCAGAGACGGCGGGCGCAAGUUCGAGCAGGUUUCUGGUGGCAUUGUGACAAGGCCAACAGGUCCUUCCCACGUCUAG